AUGAUUAAGGGUAAAAAACGUGAAGCAGAAAAGACCAUUGCUGGCGAAGAGCCACAAAAGAAGAAAUUCGCAAAGGUAGACAAAGAUAAUCAUGUAAAAAAAGAGAAAACAGCCAAGUUCAGUAAACCAACUAAACCCAGUGGUGGUGGUGCUGGAAAACCUGGAGAUAAAGGUAAAGCACCAGGAAAGUUUACUGGCAAACCUGGUAACAAAUUUGCUGGUAAACCGGGCAAUAAAUUUGCUGGUAACCCCAAUAACAAAUUUGCCAAAAAUCCAAAUAACAAAUUUGCUGGUAAACCCAAAUUUGGAAAACCUGAGGGCGAUGGAGGAGCUGGUGGCGGAGAUGCCAAGCCGGAGAAAACAGAUUGGAAUAAAUUCAAACAGGAAAAGAAAGACUUGAAAUUGAAACGUAAACAAGGCAAAGACACCUAUGAAAUCUCCAUUGAAGCUAAACAGAUCUAUGAGAAACUCAAAUGCCGCAAGACUGAAAAGAAAGCCGAAUUAGUUGAGAAACUAUAUAAUCUAUUUAAUACAGGCGAUACCAUUAAGAAAGUGGUAAUGGCUCACGACACGGCUCGUGUUAUACAGUGUAUGCUAAAGUUUGCCUCACCUUCGGUAAGAGAACAACUGUCGGAGCGCCUCAUGCCCUUGGCUGUGGAAAUGUCCAUUUCGAAAUAUGCCCACUUUUGUGUACUGCGUAUGUUCAAAUAUGGUUCCCCAGUGACCAAGAGUAAAUUGGUUGAUGCAUUCUAUGGUCAUGUUGUAAAAUUGGCUUGCCACAGUGUAUCGAGUAAGAUUUUGGAUCAUGUCUAUUUGAGUGUGGCCAGUGCCAAACAGAAGGCCUACUUGCGUCAGGAAUUCUAUGGUGAUUUGUAUAAAAAGGGUAAAGAUGAUAAAGUUAACACCUUGGCAGAUUGUUACAAAGAUACGCCCACCAUGAAGGCAUCAAUUUUGAGUGCGGUCAAGGCAAAUUUGGAACAUGUUUCUAAUAAACAAUUGGUGGAUAAUUCAUUGGUACAUGCCAUUAUGUUGGAAUAUGUUAAGGAAAUGGAUGAGGACAAAGUGGAGGAGACAGUGACAAUGUUUGGUCCCCUCAUCCCACUGAUGUUGACCACAAAGGAUGGCUGUCAGGCAUCGAUUAUUUGUUUCUAUAAAUCUACACCAAAGAAUAGAAGAGCCAUUAUUAAGACCAUUAAGGAACACUUGGUGAAAAUUUGUACCCAUGAACAUGGCCAUUUGUUUACCAUUGCUCUGCUGAACAGUUUGGAUGACACCAAGGCAACCAAAAAGGCAAUCUACGAUACAAUACAUCCUGAGUUACAAACUCUCAUGGCCAACCAAUGGGGCCGCCGUGUCAUUGAGUGGCUUAUAUCGCCCGGUGGCACCAACUGUUUCCAUCCCACAUUUAUUGCCACCAUUGAAGAGGGUCUACAAUAUGGUAAAAAAGAUAAGGAUGUCAGACGUAAAGAAAUUUUCGAGCAAAUUGAAGAACCGAUUGCCACGUCCAUUGCUGAAAAUCCAGAAUUUUGGUUAUCGGAUAAACAUAUUGGUUUGGUCACUGCAGAGAUUUUGAUUAAGUUGACGGGUGAUCACUUUGUAACUGCCGCCUCGGCAUUGACCAAAGUCAUUGCCAAGCCCGAUUGGAGUGUUAGCGUAGAAGAUGAAACGACAAAAGAGAAACAGAAAAAGAAACCCCAAGAUGCUCAAAAAUUGGCGGCUAAAGAGGAGGAUGGGGAUGCCCAGAAUGCCGAGGAUGAUGAUAAGGAAGCUGAUGAUGAUUCGGAUGAGGAAGAGAAGGAAGAGGUAUGUGCCAGCAGGGAAUAUAAAUAA